AUGUCAGAUGCGUCGCAUGCUCAUAAUUCUCGUCACGGAGGUCCUCAGAGAUUAAAAGUGACUCCUGAAUGUAGGUUGAGAAAUCCUGCUGCUUUAAAGAAUAAGGACAGAUCAAAUUCAACAAUUAUAACUACCACAAAUCCAUCAUCUCAGCCUUGUCUUCCUGAUUCAAUUGAGCCUAUUCAAAAUGUAAAAAUGAAAAAGACCUGUGCUCGUUGUAAAGAAGCCACUAAAUGCGUUAAAUUGCUCAGUUCUAAAAUUGGUAAGCUUGAGGAAAUAGUAGGGUCUUUAGCCGAACGGUGUCGCUCAGAUUCUAUAAUUAAUGAGAAAAGGGACAAGACAACAAGUAUUCCCGAAAUUUUUGUAACUGAUCACUUUGGAUCUGCAAAUUCAACAAUUGUUUCUUUGGACACUUUUAACUUGUUUACAAGUCUCUCCAAUUGUAAACUUGAGGAUUUGCAAAAUCUUGUAGUUAUUAUGACCAACUACACGAUUUCUCCAAUGCAUAAUUCUAACAAUUACACUUCAUUCAAGUUUACUGGACCCUGA